CCGAUUCUGACUGUGGGCGGGACGAGCGACGCGGCCCUCUGUAGACCAGUGAAAGACGCCAUUUUGUUAAUAGCGGUAAGGAGGAGACGGAUUUUUUGCUGAGAAGCCGCAUCGAUAAGAUCUGCCACCAUGGGGAACAUGUUUGCAGGCCUCUUUAAGAAUCUCUUUGGAAAGAAAGAGAUGCGUAUUCUGAUGGUGGGUUUGGAUGCUGCCGGCAAAACCACCAUCCUGUACAAGCUUAAACUGGGAGAGAUCGUCACCACCAUCCCCACUAUCGGUUUUAAUGUAGAGACAGUAGAAUAUAAGAACAUUAGUUUCACAGUGUGGGAUGUGGGCGGUCAGGAUAAGAUCCGGCCGCUGUGGAGGCACUACUUCCAGAACACACAAGGUUUGAUUUUCGUGGUGGACAGUAAUGACAGGGAGCGAAUAAACGAGGCGAGAGAGGAGUUGACAAGGAUGCUGGCUGAGGAUGAGCUCAGAGAUGCUGUGUUGCUCGUUUUUGCCAACAAACAGGACCUGCCCAACGCUAUGAACGCAGCAGAGAUCACAGACAAAUUGGGCCUGCAUUCGCUGAGGCACCGCAACUGGUACAUCCAGGCCACCUGCGCCACCAGCGGAGAUGGCCUGUACGAGGGCCUGGACUGGCUCUCCAACCAGCUCAAAAACGCUAAAUGAUCCAUUCCACCUAGCCCUCUGCUGUCUGCGCUGUGUGUGAAUGUGUGUAUGUGUGUGUAAUGAAAUAAGGCAGCGCUGGAUUUAGUCUCUCACCCACUUUAUCCAUCCUCUUUUUCUUUCGUUUGCUCCUGUAGACUUUAGAGGCUCUCCCCAGUGCUGUCUAGUGUACACACACCAGAAUGGAAGUGCGUGCGUGUGAGAUGAGAGUGGGAGCAGCCCUGCUGUGCCUUUUGAACACAUGCUUCUCAAACAGCUUGGUUCUCUCUCUCUCUCUGUUUCUUCCUCUCUCUUGUAUCCCUCUCUCCUGUCUCUGGUGUCCCUCCCCGGUUUUCACAAGGCAAAGAAUGACCCAGGAUGCUAAAAUGUUUUUUGUUUCUUUUGUUACUUACAGAAUAAAUAAUUAUAUUGAAAUAAAAGUACAGUCUUGAUUUUCAUCCUCUGAUGUUAAAGCAGUGGCGCAUGUCUAAGAUGUUACAAGGUUCACGUUGUCACCCUUUGACCCCCCACAUAUGAUGAAACUCAUUGUAACCUGCAUCAGGUUGGGAGAAAAGAAAAGACAAUAAAGUGACGUUUUCCAUCCUA